GAAAAUUAGCUUUUCAAAAAAUUAGCUCGUCUAAAUGCGCUAUGAAUAGGAGAGCCACUGUUUGGAUAGGGGAUGUAAGUAUGGAAUGUUAGAUUCAAACAUUGAUGAAGAUUUUUUGAUUCAGACUUUCAAGAUAUUAGAUGAGCCUCUUUGCAGCGUAAAAAUCAUUCGAAAAAAUACAGAAUCCUUAUGUUACGGCUUCUUAGAGUUUCCAGACGAAGAUAUUGCUCAAAGGAUUUUACAUAGAUAUAACGGAAAACCUAUUCCAAAUACAACAUCGAAGAGAUUCAAGUUGAACCACGCAAAUUACUCCAAGGACGGUGUAAAUACUCAGAAAGAUUACUCCUUAUUUGUGGGAGACCUCAGUCCUGAAGUAGACGAUUUGGCUUUGUUUGAUGCAUUUGUAACCAGAUACAAGACUGUUAAAUUAGCAAAAGUUAUCUACGAUAGUUUUGGUGUAAGUAAAGGAUACGGUUUUGUUCAUUUUUCAAAUAAGUCUGAAUACGAAGCUGCUUUAGUUGAAAUGCAGAACGCUCAUAUUGGUUCAAAGACUGUUCGAGUAAGCACAGCCCAACAAAAAAGACCUGCAACCACUACAACAUCUACAACCAGUCAGGAGGAACAACAGUGGCAACAAUGGCAUCAACAAUAUCCAGACUACCAGAGCUACUAUGCAGCUUUGCAGAAUUAUCAAGCACAAAAUCCAUAUUAUAGUUAUGAUCGAUAUGCUGCAAGUUAUGGAGCUGCUUAUCAGCAGUACUCUCAGCAAUAUUCAUAUGCAGAUCCCCAACAAACUGCUGUGGCUACAACUGCAGCAGUUGCAACAACAACACAGGCAGCAAGCCAAUAUGCUCAAGCGGCGUAUGAAAUUCCUGAAAAUGCUAUUGAAGAACAUGAUGUGCCUCUGGAUAUAGAUCAAAUUAAUCAAGAAUUGAUGGAAAGAAAUGAGGACUUGUAUACAGCACUGGACGAUUCAAGAUGGUUACCAAUUGAUAAUUUAAACCCUCCACUCAUUCGCAUAAAAUAAGUUCUCAUGUGUAAACAAACAUUUUUAAUGCACAUCUGUAAGAAAUAUGCAUAAUUUUUUUAAUAUGCAACAUCAAUUUUGUAUAUAUAGUUACUACAUAUUAUAUAAUUCUAAUGUUAAUUGUUAUAUACACUGCCUUAAGCAGAAAUGAAAUUAUGUUCAACUAUGCAAAUUUAUACUUUUUACUGUCGAGUUUUGAAAAUGUUGAUUUGCUUUAUAUAGUUACAUAUACUUCAAAUAAAAGAAGACAUUUUUUAAAAAAUUACAUUUAAUUUUUAUUUAUAACAUAAAUGUGACUAAUUCAGUAUUUUUAGAUUAGCUAAGAAUAAAUAUCCAUAAUUGUAAAAUAAUGACUACAUGAGAUAUUGCAGGUUUUACUUAUAACUUGUAAAUGAUUAAAUUCUAAAUAAAUAAAAUACUUUUUUCACA